AUGGCAUCCGCGGUUCCACCAACAGUGUCCAAUGAAGCCACGGAGCCCGCAUAUGACUUUCAUGAGAUGCGCAUAACGAACCACGGUAAAAUCAAUGCAUGGGUGGACUUUGCGCUUCAAUUCUUCGAGGCGAACGAGGCAAAAGCACUGGUAUUGCAUACUCUGCCCAUAACCGCGCAAGCGUCCGCUACGUCCAAACCGGGACCCACGAGAAACGUUUCUCUUCCAACCACAACGAUCCCUCGACUCAUUUCCGUCGUAGAGAUCAUCAAGCGAGAGUAUCUGAAGAUGAUGAACGAGAAGAUGUGGCCGGGUAUGGAGGGAUUGCACCAAUACAAUGAGAUCGGUUGUCUGGAGGACAUGGAUGAAUGGAACGUUCCGAUCCAAGAGCAGAGUGUGGAAGAUCGAGCGAGCGAGUUGAUCUCAGCAUUGGGAGGAACGAAAAAUGUGAGGGAGAAAAGGACGGCAUACAUGAAGGUGACCCUAUGCCGGCAAGAGAUCCCGAACUUAGGCGGGAACGGUGCAACGUACCAGCGGCCGAUGAAGCGAAAACUGACCAAGUCGGCGAAGGGAAGGCUGAAGAAGCGAUUGAAGAAACAAACCGAGAGGGUAGAGGAUGACUAA